AUCAUGCACCGCGGGCGCUUUAAUUUCUCAACGCUCUACCUGCGAUGCCGUCGCGCGGUCAGAUUGCCGGGCGACGGUUGCUGCGGCUUCUAUGGCGACCCGCGCCAUCGCCUCGGGCCUUCUGCGCGGCGGAGGAGGCGCAGCUGAGGCCAUGGCCGGCCGAGGUCCGUGCGUCGAGCGAGGCUCUCUGGCGAAAGCUGCAGGCCGGCGGCGCUUCGGUGACGCGGGACUUCAUUAGCGAGGAAGAGGAGGCGUUGCUGGCCCAGGAGCUGGAACCGCAGCUGCGCCGUCACCGCUAUCAAGACGAGCAUUGGGACGGGGCUAUUCAUAAGUAUCGGGAGACAGAAAAAUCAUACUGGAGCAAAGAAUGUCAUGAGAUCUUACAACGAGUCCGGAAUGCUGCUUUCCCCCCAGGAGUGCCACAGCUCGCUCAAGUCCAUGUUCUGGAUUUGGAUAAAAGUGGCCACAUAAAGCCUCAUGUAGACAGUGUCAAGUUCUGUGGCUGCACCAUUGCAGGCCUGUCCCUCCUGUCCACAAGUGUAAUGCACCUGGUUAGUCAGCAGAAUCCACAGGACUGGCUGGAUCUUCUGCUGGAGCGCCGAUCUCUCUACAUUCUUAGAGGGCCUGCUCGUUAUGAAUUCACUCAUGAAAUUCUUAAAGAUGAGGAGUCCUUUUUUGAUGGAAGAAAGGUCGCCAGGGAACGAAGGGUCUCUGUCAUCUGUCGAAACCUGCCCUUACCAGCAGAACCAUCCUAGAACUGCCAGGUGAUACUGUGAAGGCUAACUGUUGCUGCCAGUGGAAUUUAGUUUUUUUGUCUAAUUGACAUGGUGCUCUUUCUAAAGAAGUUACUUUGACCUACUGUUCCAGAGAGCUUUGGUUUUCUAUCCAACGGUAAGCGAUGGAACCUUUCCUCCAUGCAGUAAAGGAAGCCUAAAAGUGUACAUUGUCUAAGAAAGUGUUCUCCCUUUUGCACUUAACAGGUAGGAAGAAGGAAAUCUGCAACAAUUUGGCAAGUAGAUCUAACGAAAAUGAACCGCAACACUGUUAAUCUCAGGGAAUAAAAUUCUUCUGUAAUGUGUGUUCCUGCGAACAUAGGUAGAGGUGAAAUUAAGAAUUGAAAUGUAGGGGGGGAAGGAUAUCAGUGUAUUGUAGUUUUUAAAUUAUCCUUUAAUUGCUUUUCCAGUUGCUGAACUAUUGAACAUUGUUCUCUUUUCUGCUCAGUAUUAAAAUUUAUCACACAUACUGAGACUCAAAAUAGUGAACUUGGCAAAGCAGAUAGACAGAUGUUCUCCAAUUCUUUCUAUAAAAGAGAUUGUCUGAAAAAGAGAAUUACAUCUUUGAUGCUUGUAACCAUCAAAUAUGUAGAUGAGAGCAGGGCCUAAGCUAAUUGCACCAUUAUUUCCUUAUAAAUAUAUUGCUAAUUUUUCAGAUGGUAAAAAAAGUAUUUGAAUUUUUAAUUUUCUCACAAUUGAUGCUGCAACUGAAUAUGUUAUCAUUUCUGUGAAUUAAAUAAUUUCAGAAUGAUUCUGAUAGGUGUCAUAAGCACAAGAUUAGCUUUAACAUGUAUGUAUCUAAAAAUAAAUAAAUAAAAAAGCUAAAUUGGAGUAUCUCUAAAUGAGGAUUUCACUGUGGUGGGUAUUCAGUGAGUGGGAAUAGGAUAAAUUCCACAUUUUGACUUGCAGCAUCAAAAUGCUGAAGAGAAAAGAGGUAAAAUGUAGAAGUGGAAGACAAGUGAAUAAUCUUGAUUAUAAAAAAGGAACUAUUGAGGAAUGUGAAAAUAGGUAGUACUUGUCUUUGAAUAAUUUGGGAUGUGGUAAAAUAUGAAAAGUAUAGGGCUGAAUCCGUGAUCUCCUAUUGCUCAGGACUAGAAUCCAGUUCUUUUUACAACCCAGAACACCUGACUCUGUAUGGCCCUAUCUCUUCUCUGUUGUUUUUUAAAAUUAUUAUUCCCCUCUCCAUUUCCUAAAAAAAAUAAACCUCUUGAAACCCUAAA